UGUGUGUGUGUGUGUGUGUGUGUGUGUGUGUGUGUGUGUGUGUGUGUGUGUGUGUGUUUUGGCUGUUGCUGUUGCUGAUGCAGGGGCUUCCAGCAUGGCGUCCAUGCAGAAACGACUUCAGAAAGAGCUGUUGGCAUUGCAGAGCGAUCCUCCUCCUGGAAUGACUCUGAAUGAGAAAAGCGUGGAGAAUACUAUAACACAGUGGGUUAUUGAUAUGGAAGGAGCCUCUGGCACGCUGUACGAGGGAGAAAAAUUCCAGCUGCUAUUUAAAUUCAGUAGUCGAUAUCCGUUCGACUCGCCUCAGGUAAUGUUUACAGGAGAGAACAUUCCUGUCCAUCCUCAUAUUUAUAGCAACGGCCACAUCUGCCUGUCCAUUUUAACAGAGGACUGGUCACCAGCACUGUCUGUCCAGUCUGUGUGUCUCAGCAUCAUCAGCAUGCUGUCCAGCUGCAAGGAGAAGAGACGGCCUCCGGAUAAUUCGUUUUAUGUACGGACGUGUAACAAAAACCCAAAGAAGACUAAAUGGUGGUAUCACGAUGAUACAUGUUGAUGCUGAACUUGGCAAAGACGUUUAGAAAGAAGUCCCUGCUGACGUACAUUAGCACUUUUUUUAAACUUUUGAACUCCAGCCUCGGACUGAAAACGGAGGACGCGAACUUUUCCUCAAGGACCAGCAUUGCGCUAAUUACAAACUGGCUUCAGCUCAAGAGAAGACGUCAAGAAUCAAAGACCCCUCGAUCAGGAUCGACUCCAGAAGGAUGCCAGAUUUUAGCAACGAGUCUCUAUUCUGAUAUUUUGCGAAUGUUUGGAUUUUUGGCUUUGUCUCAAAUCGCAUGCAGGUGCAGUGCACUAACCACUUUGAGCGUCAGCAUCGCGUAUUAAAGGACCGUCGUCGCUCCUGUUACGGGGCCGAGUCGGCUUUAUAGUUGAUCAGAAAUGCAUUACAGAACAUUUAAUUUAGUGUAUCAUGUAUCCUGAGAUUUUUUUGAAACACAGCCUGUCUUUGAAUGAAGAUGUUUCGGACGGUCAAGUGCACAGUAUGCAAUUUGAGACAUCGUCUUUUUUUUUCUUUUCUACUUGAUUCAAUACGAUAAUGAAAUUUAAUAUUCUUUUCCAUUUCUUUUUGUGCAAUAAUGAGCCUAAAUCGCUUGGUUCAUCCUGAAACGUCAUUGCAUUAUUGUUGCUUUUUUGUGCAUCUGCUUCAGUUUGACGUUUACAGAGCCUGUCAAGAAUUGGGAAAGACAGAAUCUUUAAUGGUUUUCGAGACACGCAUGCUCCUUUUGUUUAUAUGCAACAAACUUGGGAAAAAAAAAAAAAAAUAGAAUUGGACAGUGAAUGGCUGGAAGAAAGUUUUGUGGGACAGAUGAGUCCAAAUCUGACACUUUUGUCUCUAACGGAAGAGCUUAUGUGAGACAGAGAACAGGAGAGAUGAUGUUAGCAGACUGCUUCACACCCACAGUCAAACAUGGAGGUGGAAGCUUAAUGGUUUGAGGUUGUUUUGGAGCAGGCCAUAAUUUGGAGACUUAUUCCAGGUGAAAGGAAUUCUGAGCCAACAUGGCAACCAUUCCUCAUUUCAACAUCAUGCUGUUCCAUCUGGACUGUGCCUGAUUGGAACCAACAAUCCAGAAAGGCAUCUCCAACUAGUGAAGAACACAAAGUAUUUCAGCUGAAUGUUUGAAGAAACAAACUGAAUGAACUCCUAUUUUGAUCCAAACGAAGUGGAAACACAGUUGAUCAUGUAUCUAUUUGUUCGGUCAAACUAAAUCUUCAUACUGUUAAAUUGCCCUAGUGUGUUGCAUAUAAACAAAAGAAACAUGUAUGGGGCUUUCAGCAACCACAGACUAGGUGUUUCCAGACUUUUGAUAAGCACUGUAUAUUUUGCACUGUGAAAUUCUCUACGAAGGCACAGAAGAGUUUCAGAUCGAAACCUCACUCACUAAUUUAUUUCUAGUUGAUGAACUGGGCAUGUGUCGAUAAUCGUUUAGGUUAAAAUCGCAUGAUGAUAUUGCUGUGAAUACUUCAAGGAAUGAUUAGAGGCAACUUUAUAUUUAUUACAUACGAUUAUUUAAUGAUGCCAUUAUUUUCACUUGAAUUUAUGUUCCUUUUUGUUUUUUCCUUUCUUUUUUCUUUCCGAAAUGGUGUUUUUCCACUCUAUAAAAAUUCCACUCACCCUCCAAGUUAUGGAAAACAGCCAACUGUACGAUUUGAUGAGCCUGUGCACACUGAGGCAUUUCUGUCUUGGGGGUCAACACUAGAAUUUGACAUAGUCGUCUUUGUUGUUUUUUUUGUUUUGUUUUUUAUUUGUUUUUUUGGCUCAGACAGCUCAGGGUUAUACUUUCUGCGACGCUUUUAUUUUAUAGUUAUUCUAGCCUUCCUGUCCGCUUUCACAACUCUAUUUACCUUUCAACCAAUUGUUAAAAGGUAUUUCCCACACCAUUCUGUGCACUCUAGAGGCUCUUGUGUGGAGAAAAUCACAGGAGCAAUACAUUUUCUGAAUUUUUUUAAAAAGACAGCCGUGCCUCAGUCGAAAUCACAGCACUCGCACGUUUUUUUCCAUUCUGAUGUUUGAUGUAAAACGCUUAGCGAAGACCUGUAGCUUCCUAAGUUUACGCCGUGCUGUUGUCUUAGUGACAAGCGCAUGAAUGAGGUAGACAGGUGUUUCUAACAAAGUGGCCGCUGAACGGACAGUACCGCUAUUCAAAAGUAUACGCAGACAUUGCGAUUUGUAAAUGUAAUAUCGGCACAUGCCUGUAGCACGCUGUAUUUUGAUUUCCCCCCGCACCAUAGCAAAAGUCUGAUGACUGUGAUUUACUCUCAGCACAGGUUCCGUAACAUAUUUAUUUAUUUGUAUGCGCGAAAUCGUGAACGGUUUCCAAAGGGCUGCUAGUUUAGUAAAGUUUAGCUUGUUUUUGCGUAUAGCUGUACCCCAGUUCGAUUUCCGGUGUCGAUCCUGAUCAGCUAACAUUUUAUCCAAGCCUAUGACACGAUCGCAAUAUUACUAUACAUAUUACUAUACAGUUCUUAUCGAAACAGCGUUUAGGAACAGUUGAGAUUGUAUAGCGCAGACCAUUGCUAGCUAGCAAGCGAAUUCGCAAAUAACUUUAGCUAGCUUCAUAUAAUAGUAGAAAUGACAACAAUAAAGGAAACAUUAGCAAGAUAUAUUGUUUAUUGAUAGUUCUGAUUUGCAAAAAAGUAUAAAAUAUAAAAAAAAUUACCUCACGUAGUUACGACUAUAGCUCACUAAUAAGUGCUGGCUAGCACGACACGCAGCUAGCUACAAUACUUAAAUAGCCUAAAUUCACUGCAUUUUUUAAGUGUUCACGCUAGCAGUAGUGGGAACUGGGAAUUAUCGGCACAUGUCUAAAUUGUUUUGAUCCCAAUUCUAUAUUUUUUUUGCGUCUCCUGUGUGUUUGUUCUCCUGGUCACACUUUUCAGACUCAGGUACUACCCCCUAUUCCCUCCCAGAGAUGAUCAGCUUUCCUACUAUUGUGUUUUAUUGUGUAUGUAUGUAUGUAUAUGUGUGUAUAUAUAUAUAUAUAUAUAUAUAUAUAUAUAUAUAUAUAUAUAUAUACAUACUGAUUUCUUUCUUUUUUUGUUUCAGAAGAAAAUAUUUUACAAAAGAAUUAAUAUGUAUAUUUAAAUUGUGUGUGUUACUCUUUAGCUGAAUGAACAUGUAAUAUAGUAAAGAACGAUUAUUUAGACGUUCGUUGCAAA